CCCUUUCCGGGUGCGGGUCCCCGGGCGGAGCGGCGGGACGGCGCGGCGGCGGCGUCAACGGGCGGGCGCGGGGCGCGUGUCAUGGCGGAGCUGGCGCAGGGGCAGAGCGCGGCGCCCGUAGGGAUCAAGCCCGAGGGCUUCGUCGAUGCCCUGCACCGGGUCCGGCAGAUUGCUGCUAAAAUUGGAGAUAUUCCUCACUUGAAUAAUUCUACAACACUCGUGGACCCGUCAGUUUACGGUUAUGGAGUGCAGAAACGGCCCCUUGAUGAUGGAGGUCUCCGUGUAAGUGGGCUCCAUGGAGCACAGAUAAGAGAUACAGAGAGAAUAGGUAACCAGUUAGGGGCCCUGGUACAUCAAAGGGCUGUAAUAACAGAAGAUUUCAAAGUGCCUGAUAAAAUGGUUGGAUUUAUAAUCGGCAGGGGAGGUGAGCAGAUCUCACGGAUUCAGAUCGAGUCUGGCUGCAAAAUUCAAAUUGCUCCAGACAGUGGCGGGAUGCCUGAAAGGCCCUGUGUGCUCACCGGGACGCCAGAGAGCAUUGAACAAGCAAAACGGCUACUGGGGCAGAUUGUAGAUCGCUGUCGGAACGGACCUGGUUUUCACAACGAUGUUGAUGGCAACAGUACGAUUCAGGAGAUUUUGAUCCCGGCAUCCAAAGUGGGUCUAGUCAUCGGCAAAGGAGGUGAAACAAUAAAACAGUUGCAGGAGCGAACAGGUGUGAAAAUGAUUAUGAUCCAAGAUGGUCCAAUGCCUACUGGAGCAGAUAAACCUCUCCGUAUUACUGGAGAUGCAUUUAAAGUACAGCAAGCAAGGGAAAUGGUACUGGAGAUCAUCCGAGAGAAAGAUCAGGCAGACUUCCGAGGCGUACGCAAUGAUUUCAGUUCUAGAAUGGGAGGAGGCAGCAUAGAGGUCUCUGUGCCCAGGUUUGCUGUUGGAAUUGUGAUAGGAAGAAAUGGAGAAAUGAUCAAAAAGAUUCAGAAUGAUGCUGGAGUUAGGAUUCAAUUUAAACCAGAUGAUGGGAUUAGUCCUGAAAGAGUCGCACAGGUCAUGGGGCUUCCCGAUAGGUGUCAACACGCAGCACACAUCAUCAGCGAGCUUAUUCUUACAGCACAGGAACGAGAUGGUUUUGGAAGUUUGGCUGUAGCCCGGGGAAGAGGUCGUGGCCGUGGGGACUGGAGUGUUGGAACACCUGGGGGCAUGCAGGAAAUAACCUACACGGUGCCAGCUGACAAGUGCGGUCUCGUUAUAGGCAAAGGUGGUGAGAACAUCAAGAGCAUAAAUCAGCAGUCAGGAGCCCACGUGGAGCUGCAGAGAAACCCACCUCCAAACACAGACCCUGGUGUACGAAUAUUCACAAUCAGAGGAGUUCCCCAGCAGAUUGAACUUGCUAGACAUCUCAUAGAUGAGAAAGUUGGUGGUACCAGCAUGGGUGGACCUGGAGGAUUUGGUCAGAGUCCGUUCAACCAAGCACCCACUACACCUCAUCAAAAUGGUCCUCAGGCGUUCAUGACGCAGGGUUGGGGCAGUACCUACCAGACGUGGCAGCAGCCUGGACAGCAAGUCCCAAAUCACAAUGGUACCCAGUCAGGCCAGGUGGAGUUCACCAAGGCAUGGGAGGAUUAUUAUAGGAAACUAGGCCAACAGAGCCAGCAGCAGAACAGCCAUCCCGAUUACAGCAAAGCAUGGGAGGAAUAUUACAAAAAACAGAGUCAUGCUGCCAGCGCUGCUUCUCAGGCGAGCUCCCAGCCGGACUACACGAUGGCCUGGGCAGAGUAUUACAGACAGCAGGCUGCCUACUAUGGGCAGACACUAGGGCAGGCGCAGGCCCACAGCCAGGAGCAGUAGAACAACGUCCUCGCGGCCAUCGUCGCUAUUUGGUUUCUCCCUCGGAAUCAUUGUGGAAGAAAACCUUUUUGUAACAGAGGUUUCUAGAUUUGCAACGUUUUGAUGAAGACUUUUCUGUUUGUUUGUGAAACACUAGCUGUAGGAUAAUCCAUACUGAACUUUUCUAAGAAUCAGGAGCAAUUAGUAACGUACUAAACUUACGGACAUGCUGGUAAUUCUGUUUCUAAAUUUGUACAAAACAGCAAAAAAAAACAAAAAAAAAAAACCACAAAAACAAAAACACACACACAGAAAAAAACCCCUCCGGGAUCCCCUUUGGACGGAGCCGGGGGAGCUGCAGCUCCAGCAGUGCACAUUGGAGCUGUGACAUUUCAACGCGUGCGGCCGCUGCUCUCCAGGUGGGGUUGGGUGGGUUUUUCUUUCUUUCUUUCUUUCUUUCUUUUUUUUUAUUCCCCCCCCCCCCCAUUCCCCUCAUCUCCUUUUCAUUUUGGAACCUUUUCUGUUGCAGCAGAAAGAGUGGCUUGGAAGUCUUAGGCGGUGCGUAACGAACCCUAAUUGAAAAAGAAAAAAAAAAAAAAAGAGGAAAAAAAAAAAAAAGGAUUUUAAACAGUAUUUAAAUAUUCUUAAAUAUGUAAAUUCAUUAAAUGUUUUACUUCUCGUUUUCUUGCAUCUUUUGAUUUUUAUUGCAUUGUUUGUUGUAAGGGAGAGCAGUGCUGUGCAUGGUAACGCUGUGCGCUGUGCCGUCGGGCCGCGCCUCACUGCUGGGCUCUGAGGAGGGCUGAUAGGAAAACGGGGGGGUUUGGGAGCCUUCUCCUCCCCGUCCCAUUGCCACGGCUGCAUUGAUGGACCUGAGACCUCCAAGCUGGUUCAAAAAAAGGAAAAAAAGAAAAAAAAAAACAAAAACAAACCCUUCCUCUGUGCUCUCGGAAAUAUAAAUACUGUUAUUUUUAAUAUUGAGAUGGAUCUGCUAUGAUGAGUACCUUUUAACAGACACUGUGGAAGCGUAAAGCCCUAUCAGAGGUAGUGGAACUAUUUUUUCAUUCCCAGGUGGUUUUGUUUCAGUUUUGUUUUUAUUUUGGCUUUUAUUAUUUUUUUGUUUGUUUGUUUGGGUUCCUUUUAAAUAUUUUCCUAUCUAAUAUUGUCAGAUUGCCUAGAGAGAGAAAUGGAUCUAGUAUUAACCUCAGUACGCGCUGAAUAAUGUUGAUUUAAUAAAAGAGAUGCUAUGA